UUUAUUCAGCAAAGGAUAGUUCUGAAGAUGUACAUGGGCGAGAGUGAGAAAUCAAUCAAGAAAGCUAUGAAAAUUGCAUCUGGAGCAUCUGGUGUGAGAUCUGUCUCGAUCCAGGGACAGAACGAUCAGCUGGUUAUAGUGGGAGAAGGGAUUGAUACGGCGGAGCUAACUCGUGAACUCCGGAAGAAAGUUUGUCACACGACCAUUGUCACAGUUCAGGCCGCACCUCCGCCGUCGCCGUCGCCGCAGCAGCAGCAGAAGCAGCCAUCGCAGCCGCAUCUAAUAGAAUAUCACAAUGAGAUGGCUCCGGCGAGAAGAUGCAUAUGCGAGAUACCGAAUUCGGGGUACUGCGGAUUUUGUAGAUCUAUGCGUGAAACACCAUACCAGAUGGUACCUUCGCAGUAUCCACCUCCGGUGAUGUACGGUGGUUACCGUGAAGAUCCUGAUAAUUGCAGUAUCAUGUGAUGUGAGAAUCUUUCAACUCCGAGUGUUUUUUAUCUGAGUUCUACCUUUUUUUUUAAAGAACAAGUUGAAAAUUUUAAAUCAUGAUGCUGUAAUGAAAAAAAAACAGUGUAAUGUUUGAUGAUCGAAUUAUACUA